AUGGAUGCUCUGUGGUUGGCAGCGCUGGAAAAUGCCUUCGGUUACAAUCUUGGCAUCAAAUGCGACUGUAAUUUCCCCAAUUCCCACCCUUCAAAUCAUCAGAAAGGACAGGUUCCACGAGAGCUAGGACAACUUAUUGAUCUUAGAUCAUUGAGUUUGAGCACAAAUAGUUUCACUGGUUCCCUGCCAUCUGAACUUGGAAAUUUGAGAAGAUUACAAGAGUUUGAUCCAACUAAUUACAAUGAGAUAUGUGUGAAAAGAAUAGUAGCAAUGGAAGGUGAUUAUAUCAGUAAUGUUGGUGGUGUUGUGAAGGUUCUGGAAGGACAUUGUUGGGUAGAAGAUUCCAUUGGGUUUGACUCAUGGAAGGGUUACUCAUAUUGUUUGACAUUUUUAAUGCACAGGGAAGUGAUGCAAGAAUAUGCUGGUGCAAUGCAAGAUGAACAUGUUAGUGGGAUUCAACUAAAGAGUAACAAAGUUUUAACUAAUUAG